CAAUUCCAUCAUACCCAGAAUGCAAUUCCACCCCCAAAAUCUCGAUUCCCUCUUAAUACACAAAGAUUUCACUAUGGAGAAGUAUCGUUCUCUUUUGAAUGAAGAUGAAGAGAUCAAAAACACCCAGUGGAGAUUUGGCGUUCCUCCUAAUUAUGCUGUUGUCAACAAGCUCUUUGAAGAAGAGAGGACUAAUGUAUGGGCUGUUGGGUCACUUGAAGAGAGAGUGCAGAGCCUAGUGAAGAAUUUUGAAAUGGAAUUGUUCCAUAAGGUUUCAAGCAGUGACUUCAAAACAAUAGAUUUAAGCAAGUUUACUUUCUGUCUCAAUGGAAGAGAGGCUUUAACUAUUGAAGAAGUUAAAAAACUUGGGGGUUACAAUCCCUUCCUUCAGACCUCCCUCCCUGAGGAAUACAGGUACUACAAUGCUGCAAAUGAGACGGCGGAAUCGUCUCACCGCGCAUUCACGACGACGUUCCCUCGAGGAUUUGCUCUUGAGAUUGUCCAAGUUUAUGCAGGGCCCCCUGACAUUGUGUUCAAGUUCAGGCACUGGGGCUACAUGGAGGGGCCUUUCAAAGGCCAUGCCCCCACGGGGGAGAGAGUUGAAUUCUAUGGAGUAGCCAAUUUUAAGGUGGAUGAGGAAGGUAAAAUUGUGAAGGUGGAGUUCUUUUUUGAUGCAGGGGAAUUGCUUGGAAAACUCAUGAGAGGUCCUGGCUUGGAUGGCUCGGCGGAAGAGGCGGCUUCGAGCUGCCCUGUGUUGAGAAACACAGGGUAGUUUUUUUUUUCCUUCCUCUUGAGUACAGUAACGUAGGGAUAUGGAAAAUUGAACCUCUAAUCUUAAAGAAAGGAGUAUAUCCCAAUUACCGUUGAACUAUGUUUAUGUUGGCAAACACUGCAUAGAAUUUUAAGUUAUGAAUCCUGUAGUAUUGUAUUGGCUGAGAUUACAAGUUUAAUCAUGAAAUAAUGAAGCAAACGUAUGAACAGCAUCUGUUUCUUGGGUUAAA